AUGAUGAUCCGAGUAAGCACCGGUGUUCAUCGCCGUCUGUGUUCUCGAUACUCAAGUUUUGCCGGCUAUGUUGAGCUAGAUCCUAAAAAUCCCGUCUCCGGAAACAGAAUUGCGAUCCCAAUUCCUCACAGAAGGAAUCCGGAACCUAAAGGGCAAGACCUUGAUUUCGUCAAUGUCGCUCACAGCCACCUGAUUCAAUCUGAUUGGGAAAAGCUCGAAAACCUCUCCGCCCGAUUGGAUUCGUUUAGGGUGAAGAACAUCCUCAUGAAAAUCCAGAAAGAUUACGUUCUCUCCCUCGAGUUCUUCAACUGGACGAAAACCCGAAACCCAGGUUCACACUCUCUGGAAACCCACGCCGUAGUCCUUCACACUCUCACCAAAAACCGGAAAUUCAAAUCCGCAGAGUCUAUCCAGAGAGAUCUCCUCGUAACCGGCGGUGUUGAUUUGCCUGCAAAGCUCUUUCACGCACUGUUGUAUUCCUACCGAGAAUGUGACUCAACGCCACGUGUCUUCGAUUCGCUUUUCAAAACAUUUGCGCAUCUGAAGAAAUUCCGAAACGCCACAGACACGUUCACGCAGAUGAAGGAAUACGGGUUUCUUCCAAAUGUCGAAUCUUGCAAUGCGUACAUGAGCUCGCUGCUUAGUCAAGGGAGGGUCGAUAUCGCUCUGAGGUUUUACAGAGAGAUGCGUCGGUGUAAGAUAUCCCCAAACACGUACACUCUCAACAUGGUGAUCUCAGGUUACUGUAGAUGUGGGAAGCUUGAUAAAGGCAUUGAGCUGCUUCAAGACAUGGAAAGAUUGGGGUUUCAAGCCACGGAUGUGACGUAUAACACUUUGAUAGCGGGACACUGCGAGAAGGGUCUUUUGAGCUUGGCUUUGAAGCUUAAGAACAUGAUGGGGAAGAAGAAUGGGUUGCAGCCUAACGUGGUUACUUUCAACACUCUCAUUCAUGGGUUUUGUAGAGAUGGGAAGUUGCAAGAAGCGAGUAAGGCUUUCGGUGAGAUGAAAGCGGUUAACGUAGCUCCCAACACUGUCACUUACAACACUUUGAUCAAUGGGUAUAGCCAACAGGGUGAUCAUGAGAUGGCGUAUAGGUUUUAUGAAGAUAUGGUCUUCAACGGGGUUAAGCGCGACGUUUUGACUUACAACGCGUUGAUACUGGGGCUGUGCAAACGAGGGAAGACGAAGAGAGCUGCGCAGUUUGUUAAGGAGCUUGAUAAGGAGAGUUUGGUGCCGAACUCGUCGACUUUCUGUGCGCUUAUAAUGGGACAGUGCGUGAGGAGAAAUGCAGACCGUGGCUUUGAGCUUUACAAGAGCAUGAUCAGGAGUGGAUGUUAUCCGAAUGAGCAAACGUUUAACGUGUUGGUUUCUGCUUUCUGUAAGAAUGAGGAUUUUGAUGGAGCAGGUCAAGUGUUGAGGGAGAUGGUCAGAAGAUCGAUUCCUCUUGAUUCGAGAACUGUUGAUCUGAUCUGCGAUGGACUGAAGCAUCAAGGGAGAGACCAACUUGUGAAAGAGUUGUUACAGGAGAUGGAAUCAAAAACUGGGAAGAAGAUGUUUGUUUAA